UUCAAUAUGGCGACUAUUUUUUCACUACAUAGAUAUACGCCUAGACGAUUCUAUGGAACUGCCUUUGAACGGCAAUGUUUCUGGUUUAGUGUAUGAUGACUGGCACUUGGAAGUUUUUCUGUCAACAUAUGUAUGGUUUCUGAGAAUUAUCAAUCACAAAGGCAGCACGGUACUAUCAUAUCCCAGUUUCGUGAGUUGCAGAAGAAUAUUUUUGUAGAUAAAUAAUAGCACUUUCGACCGGUUUCAGUUUCACACAACUAGAGCUUGAUAUUAUACACAAUUCUGCGACUAGGACUAGUUUUAAUCUUUAGACAGGAGUUUUGCAUAGUGGAACGCACACGGAUGGGCAUUUUUCUGCCAAACCUGAGAGAAGAUUUUCGCACGGACAAGUUUCUCUGAAAGCCUUACAAUCUCGAAUAAAAC